UCCCCUCCUCUUCCUCUCGUCUCCUCAGGAAGGCCCGCCUCGGCCUGUGAACGCCCCUUUUAUGCCCCCUCUGUGUACACACACAUCCUCCUCACCCUGAUUAUUCAGCUCACCAUUCGCCUGACUCCUCCAGCCAGCGGGCGCCUCGUCUAAACAGGCCGGACACUGGGGACAUCGCGUACCCGCCUCAGGUGACUUCAGCUCGGCCAGUCUCUUCUCUCCCCCCCCACCUUCCCCCCUCCUCUCCGGCUGCCUGCAUGUAUUUACAGUUUAUCGGCUCCCCCUCAGCCCCCGACCACAGGCAGCCAGAGCCCGGCCUGCACCGACCAGUCCCAGCGGACAGCCAGGAGGCUCUGCAUGCAGGUCUUUUACCUCUUGAUUCCCAACGUGUGCAACACUGUUUGAGACGCAUUUCUCAGAUUCACCUUUUCUGCUGCUCAUUCUUGUAGAAACUACUGACCUGCAGACAGAGCAGUGAUAAACACGCUUCAUGCUGAUUUAACAGAUUAACAGGGAUGCCAAAAGAAAAAUAUGACCCCCCUGAUCCGCGUCGAAUUUAUACAAUUAUGUCAGCAGAAGAGGUGGCCAACGGUAAAAAGUCUCACUGGGACGAAUUGGAGAUCUCCGGUCGGGUGCGGAGCUUAAGUACAUCGCUCUGGACAUUGACCCACUUGACUGUGCUGCACCUCAGUGAUAACAACCUCUCCCGUAUCCCGCCUGAUAUUGCCAAGCUCCAUAAUCUGGUUUAUUUGGACCUUUCUUCCAAUAAGCUCAGAAGUUUACCAGCAGAGCUAGGGAACGUAGUGUCUCUCAGGGAAUUGCUUUUAAAUAACAAUCUGUUACGGGUUUUACCUUAUGAACUGGGGCGGCUGUUCAGGCUUCAGACCCUGGGGUUAAAAGGCAAUCCUUUAUCACAGGAUGUUCUCGGUCUGUACCAGGAGCCAGAUGGAAUCCGAAAGCUACUGAACUACAUGCUUGACAAUCUAGCAGUUCAUCCAGAACAGCUUCCUCAGAGGCCAUGGAUUGCUUUAAAAGAAAGAGACCAAAUUCUCCCCUCAGUUUCCUUCACAGUAAUGUGCUUCAAUGUGCUGUGUGAUAAGUAUGCUACUCGGCAGCUCUAUGGCUACUGCCCUUCUUGGGCAUUAAACUGGGAGUAUCGGAAGAAAGGGAUCAUGGAAGAGAUAGUCAGCUGUGAUGCAGAUAUCAUCAGUCUUCAGGAAGUUGAAACUGAGCAAUACUUUGCUCUUUUUCUGCCAACAUUGAAAGAACGUGGAUAUGAUGGCUUCUUUUCUCCAAAGUCACGUGCCAAAAUAAUGUCCGAGUCAGAGAAAAAGCACGUGGACGGCUGUGCAAUAUUUUUUAGAACAGAAAAAUUUUCACUGGUGGCAAAACACACCGUUGAAUUCAACCAGGUUGCCAUGGCUAAUUCUGAGGGCUCAGAAGCCAUGCUAAACAGAGUGAUGACAAAGGACAAUAUUGGAGUCUCUGUUUUGCUAGAGGUCCACAAAGAUCUCCCUGGUGGAGAUCGCCCAGAUCACUUUUACAUGACAGACGGGAGCCGACUGAAUAACGGUAACAGCUACUGCACCCGCAUGAAACCCCAUCAUUCAGCGGAAAAAACGUUACUCAUAGUAGCAAAUGCUCACAUGCAUUGGGACCCAGAGUACUCUGAUGUCAAGCUUAUCCAAACUAUGAUGUUUGUGUCUGAAUUGAAAAGCAUUUUAGAGAAGGCUGCAUGCCGACCUGGCAGCCCUGCACCUGAUCCAAAUUCCAUCCCCUUUGUCUUAUGUGCUGAUCUAAAUUCUUUACCAGAUUCAGGUGUGGUGGAGUAUUUGACAAAUGGAGUGGUAGCUGACAAUCACAAGGACUUUAAGGAGCUUCGAUACGAUGAGUGUCUCACAAACUUCAGCUGCAAUGGAAAGAACGGGACCCCGGAUGGAAGAAUAACUCAUGGCUUCCAACUGAGGAGCGCCUAUGAAAACAACUUGAUGCCUUACACCAAUUACACCUUUGAUUUCAAGGGUGUCAUUGACUACAUCUUCUAUUCCAAGACACACAUGGACGUUCUUGGCGUCCUGGGGCCUUUAGAUCCUCAGUGGAUGACGGAGAACAACAUCACUGGCUGUCCUCACCCCCAUAUUCCUUCUGACCACUUCUCACUGUUAACGCAGCUGGAACUCCACCCUCCACUUCUGCCUCUUAUUAACGGAGUACAUUUGCCAAGCAGGAGGUAGUGCUGGCUGACAGCUGGGCACUUGUUCUCAUGGACCUGUAUACCUGUAAAAGAAUCUGUAGGAGUGAAGUAUGGCCAACCUUAAGCUGCUUUCUCACGGCUCCUUCCCUCCUGUCAACGCCGUGGCUCUGCAUUUUAUUGCAGGGAGGCAAUAUUUGGAAUUAGGGCUGGUACAAAAGCUAUCCUCCUCCCAGCUGUGCAUUUUUGUUCAUUUUUAAAAAGCUUAACUUUUUUUUGUUUUUCUACUGCCCAUAUUUUUGUUUUCUUAUUUGUCUUGUACAAGAUACUGUUAGCAACACAACGACUGCUAGAUACAAGACAUGUUUCACUCCCUUCCUAUUUUUUCCAUUUAAUAAGUUUCUCUCUUCUGAUUACUUAGCAGGAGUCAUAACUCCUUUUUCCACUGGUAUCCUAAGAAAAAAUAGGUUAUGUUUAGACUGUGAAAAACUGACAUGAUUCACCCAGUUAACCAAGGUUAUAUUGGCUUUUCUUCAUCUGAUCAAGCACAAUCUGACUGUAAUACGUUUGUGGCUCUUGCACCUCUGCAUUAAUUUCUAUAGUGGGGGUAAGAGGUGGUUAUGAGCCUGUAAAUGGUGUGUGAUAAUCACUGGCUGUGAAGAGAACCUACUUGUUCAAGCGGCAACUUUAUUUUAUUUUUUUCUUCGCUUUCACCAAUGAAAGUUGCUUUUUGGUAUAAGCAUCCUUGCUUAUUAGACAUGGGUUAAAUGCAAUUUUUUUUUUUGAGGGGGGGUGGUCUUUGGCCUAAAUCCAAAGGAGUGUUUAACUUAAUAGAUUUGUAACCAAAGAUGUCACUCAUAUCUACAGUCCUUGCCAUGACAUAUAUAUUAUUAUUUUUUUUUUUUUUUUUUUGCUCCAUCGAUGUAUCAUCGCUUGAAUAACCUUCAGCAUUCUCUUCAGAGCCAGGUGGCAUCACAGUUUGAGGCGUUGAAUGUCAGACCACCAAAUUUUGCGCAUUGUCGUGUUACCAAACAAAUGGUGAGCACAGUCAUGACAACACACGGGUAAUACAGGCACACUUGUAUAUACAGAUCUUCUUUCCCAUGUUUACUAUUCCCACCUAAGACAUAAGCACUGGUAGUUUACAUUUUUAUACGCUGGGAUGUUCCUUUAUCUAAAUAAGCAGUUUAUCAAUCUUCUCCAUUGUAAAGAUUCUUGGCACAUUGAAAACUAUACCGAUACAUUUGUUUAAAACGUACCUUCCCUUUUUUGUUUCAGCAGUCUAUAUUCAAUUUAUACUUUUUGUAGCGAGUGAGGUCUUAAAAAAAAAAAAAAAAAAAUGUAUAGACACCUGGCCAUGAAGGGGUUAAACAUUCUUGCAAGUUGUCUUAGAUGAAUAGCAUUGCACUAGUUGGAAGGCCUCUAGCUGCAAACUUUUUUUUUUUUUUUUUUUGUCCUGCUUUUUGCUGCUAUGUUUUUAAAACUGAUUUUAAUCAAAAUUUUCAAUGCACUUUAUUAUUCUGUAUACCAUUACGUGAUCACUUCCCAGAAGACAUCUGCUUUUUUGAAUGUUUUAAUAAAGAGGUCCAUUUGAAUUGGCUCUAGCAGAAGAGUGCACACCAAAUUCACCAGUUUAGCCAUAAAUAGUAGCUUCCACCUGCUUGUGGACCAUCUUGCAUACAGCUUAUACAGAACAGUUUAGCAUUGUCUUACAAAUGACACGUCUUGACCACCACCUCUCCGAAGUGCCUCUGAAUAUUUUUCCAGAUCCAUGAAUGCAGAUAUUUUCAUAUGUGCAUAAAUUUUUUUUUUUUUUGCACGCAGUUUCCCACUCUAUUUAAAAUUCAAGAUUUGAAAUGCUUCUUUGGCAUGCUUUAGCAAACCUUUGUGGAAUACAUAUAAACGUUUGUAGACCAACAAACAAGCUGUAGUUUGAGAGCCUGCCUUCUGUCUGUGCACUUGUGAAUCUCCCAGUCUUUGCAUUUGGCUUGUGUAGUGAAUUUAGUCUAUGUGCUUGUUGGGACAGAUUUAUGGUCAGUAUUUUGUCCACUGUGAUACUGAUGCAUAUCACUGGUACCUUUUUUUAAUUUCGACUUGUGUGCACUGUAUUACAGUAAGUAGGCUUACUCUGUCAUAUGUGCUUUGUUUCCUGUAGCAUUGGUAAUGUCAUCUGUCAGAAAAGGUUGUCCAGUUUUUAUCCAUCUUGGCCAAAACCACUUGACAAGAGCCUUUUCCUCAAGUGCUCAAAUGAAGACUAAAGAUUAUACUCUUCAAAAAUAUCCCUAUUGUUCCUAUAGGCAGAUUAUCACCAUAUGAACCGUUGCUCAUUAUGGUGAAAUAAGUCCUUGACACUGACACGCAGCUUCAUGCAUCCCAAGGCAUUCUAAAGCAUUUGAGGCGCAUUUAAUAAAUUGUAGCUGGUAGAUAAUCGCUGUUGUAAAGACAAGUCAACAUUUUGUCUUGGGCUUCAUUUUAUAACGUUGCAUGAAGGAUGCUUUUCUCAGUCUGUUCCAUAGCAACCGUUUUGGUUCUCACCUUCACACUUGGUGUGAAGAGAGAAUUUCUUUGGUUUUGCUGGGGUGACGCUGAAAAGAGCAAGAACAGUUUAAUGAACAUUAGACCUUGCGCUGGAUACCUAAUGAACCAAUGGCAGUCGUAUCCCAACGAGAAUGUGUUUUUUUGAAUGAUUAAGAGUACAAACCCAAAGGCUCAGUGUAAAAUCUUCGAGGUUGUAAGGAAAAGAAAUAACUGUAAGACUGUCUGCAUUUACUAUUUCUCAGGUACUGUAUAUACUAUUUUUGAAGUGUAUAUAGAAAAUUUACCAGACAAAAGAUUACAAGUCUUGGUAAUCUGCUCCGUAUUUGUUUUUCUUUUUGGCUUUUGGAGAAAAAUUUGUGUAUUGUAGCACAAAGAAUAUGUGAACAUCCUAAGGUCUGGCACUACGUAUUAACAUUCACAUCUGGAGAAGAGGACCCUUCUUUAAAAAAAGAUUUAAAAAAAAACCUACCCAUAUUAAGAAUUGUUGCAUGUGCAUUGGUAAAUUCACUUAAAUGGGCAACCUCAAGCUAAAUGUUACACCAUUUUGAUAUUGACUUAUAGCAAUAUUAAUUCACUCUUCAAACAAGCCACCAUUUGUGGAUUUCAAUUUGGACUAGGUAGCAGACUGUGUACUUGGAUUUCAUAGUUGGGAAGACAUCAAAAUGUCCUUGUGAUGCCACGUGACAUAAUGUGACCUGUGGUUUUCUAUUAUGAGACAACGUUAUUGGUGUAACCACAGUGUAUUUAGUAGGCUAUGCCCAUUAUCCUUAAUAUUGCAGUGGUACAUUGAUAGCGGAGUAAAAAUGAUCAGUUUUUUUUUGUACAUUGGCAAUCUAUUUUUUUUUUCUAUGUGAGGAUUUUAAAGUUUAUACAUUUAGAGGUAAUAAAACAUUGUGAGCUAUUUUAUAAAGACGUUCUGUGAUUUUUAAUUGAUCAAAGCUGCUUUAUGUUACACAAAUAAAAAUUCGAUUUCUUCUGUUUUUAACCCCUUCACCACCAGAGGUCGAGACAGUUUGCAGACCCCUCUAAAAAUCAAAGGGAUUUACUUUUACUUUUGUUUGCCAAAAGUUUAUAUAUAAUUUUUUUUUUCCAUUCCUUUCAUUGAUUUUCAUCCAUUCAGUCCAUUUUUUUUUUUUUUCUGAAAGCAGAUUUAAUGUAUUUUUAAUGCUAAAAUAAACUUGGUGGGACCUGGUAGGAGAAACUGGAUCCAGAUUCAGAAUAUCCUAUAGUGUGGUUUUGUCUUUUGCUAUCCAUUUAUUUUUUUAUUUUUUGGUCCCUCUCAGUGGUUGCCCUGUACAUCAGACUAAUCAUGUCUGAUCUCAAUGAUUGUAAAGACAUUCAUAAAUAAAACUUUUUUAAUGACUUUAACUGAAGUAAAUAAAUGGAAAAUUACAUAUGCAAAAUGUUGUGUUUUAAAGUCUUCUAACACUUCAUACACACUUUGAAGGAGUGAAUUUGCUCAAGGAAUAACGUUUGCACUGGCAUAGUGUUUAAUAUACUUCAUGAUUUUGUACUAAAUAUCCUUUAAAAGGGUCAGUCCACAUAAAACUGGUAUUUGUUUUGGCAGGUACUAGAUGGGUUAAGUUGCCUCGUAGUUCCUGACAUCUGAGUUUAAGAUUUUUUUUUUUUUUUUCUUCCCUGGGUGCACACCUGCCUUGGCCAUGAUUGAGAGGGGUGAGGUGGAUCCCUGCUGGAUUUUUAAUUUUGUAUUAUGCACAUUGUGAGAUAAGGUGCUGGAACACAGAAGGGUGGGUGGUAACUAUCUAAAACUCCCAGUUGGAUAGGAACAGAGUUUAGAAAUUGGGCGGGGGAAGGGGGGGGGGUCUUGCUUUUGUAAUAUUCAAGACCGAGACCUACUCGUCUCAUGUUAUACGAUUUAUUGAAAUGUUUUACUUUUCAAGGGACUGACCCUUUUCGUGUGUGUGUGUGUGUGUGUGUUUUUUUUUUUUUUUUAGAUUUAAUACCUGGUUCCCUUGGCCAGUGCAAAAGUGUAGUCCUCGGGUAAAUGUUUCUGUGUAUUUCUGGAUGGCUAUUUCACAUAACAUUCUACGAUGCUUUGCUUGUAUAGUAAAGUAAAACCCCAGUUUUUUUGUUUUGUUUAGUGGGAAUAAGCAGCAACCCAUAAUCCAAAGAUCGUUUUAAUUUCAGCAUAUUGCUAGGUAUGUCCCAUGCAUCAGACUGGCUGUAGCUCAAUUAUUUCUGAUUCUUUAUAUACCCAUCACAGAAUAAAGGUUGUGCCACAGCCACUGUUUUUUAUUUUUUUUUAUUUUUUUUUGCAGAUUUGAAUUUUCAAUUACUUUUGCAGUCUUGCCCUAUUGGUGUUUUAAGGUGACGUGUUGGUUUUUUAUUUUUUUUUUCAAAAGUACUGGAGUUUUUCUUUAGGUAUUGAAAUGUCUGUCUGGAAAUGCACACAUACUUUAUUGGUCAGUGGACCUAACACAGGCCAAGUUCCCUGAUGAUCAUUUUGACCAGUCAAAACAAUUUUAGAUUUUAAGAAGUCUUAAUAGAAAAUAUAUAGCUCCCUGUCUCCAUUUGUCAGUUCACCUUCAACAGUCUCUGGACUGGAUGCAGUAAAUGUCAUAUGUUACACUUUUUGACCUGAUUAACUAAUACAGGCAGCUUACUUAUGUUUUCCCCAUGUACCUUCAGGCCUGGAAUGGGCACCACAAUGCAGAAAUUUUAUUUUUUCCAUGUUUCUGUUAACCAUGACUUUUUUGCUCUCCCUCACCAUAGAGUUUUAAGCUAUUUCUAUCAUAUUGGAGCACAUUCUCUGCAAUAGUAGUGGCCGUUCGCUCGUAAAAUGCACCUCCGUUGGGCAAACUGUCCACUAAUUUGAUGCAUUUUAUAAAUAUUUCUGUUUUAAACAUAUUUCCAUGGAGGCUGUUGGAUGAUAUUCCUGUUUUUACCAUGUUGAUCCUGUCUGUGCCACCAUUGGAAUCUAUGUCCUGUAAAAAAAAAAAAUGGUGUUGUGUAUUACCUGACAAAUAUCAGAUCACUAUCGGCUGGUAGAUUUAUUUAUUUUUUUCUGUUCUUUGUAUUUUAGCUUUAUGUGCUAAGCCAGUCUCUAAACAAACUGUUACAGCUGCCUACCUAUAUAUUGCCCUUAGACAGGUUGGAAAAGUUGUAGCUAGAGUUUAAGUGUUGGGUUUCCUGCAGCUCCCUCAGGGCCUGUACGAUUACUGGAAUUUGGUUUUGAAUAAUGUCCUAUGUUCAUCCAGAUCUCACAAUUAUCUGGUUGUCUUCUUUUUUUUUUUUUUCCUUUUUUAACCAGCAGCACUGCCUAUGAAAGCAGAAAAAAAGUAAAAAUAAAAAUCUUAACCCUAUUUCAGGGUGAUGAUUUUUUAAGUGAUUUUAUGUAAUAAAAUGUAUGAGAUAGCUAUUUUCUAUUUUCUGUGUAUUAACAUGGUGAAAAGAUUGUCGAUUCUGUUAUACAGUAUCCUCAGAACUGGCACAACAUAGUCACAUCUUUUUGAUAUACUUUCAUCUCUGAGAGUUAUAUAGAAAUAUAUAUUUUUGUUUUACACCCAAGGCUCAAAUAUUUUUCAAUAAAAAUGAAACCGUGGAAAAACCUUUUGCGGGCAUGUUUUAACAUUUGAGCCAGCUCAACCUCCACCAUCCAUGUGCUUGUAUGUGUAGAAUGUAGUGGCAUUGUACAAUACUGUUCUAAAGCUACACUUUCUUUUAUAUUGCUGUAGUGGAAUCUAUUUGUUUGAUUACACCCAGAACUUCAUAAAUUUUUUUUUUUUUUUUUUGUGUGUGAUGAACCAUAAACAUUCAUUGGUGUUUUUUUUGCUUCAAGUGAAGCUGUGUAUUGAAAACCAUUAACUUUUUUUGUUUUUAUAUCCCCCCCCCCCCAAGCUGUGUUUAAUGGCUUUCAUUACUUAUCUGAUAAGAUUUGGCUCCUCUGACUCGUAAACAUUUACUCAGCAUGGUAUACGUUACUUGGUAUCUCCCUGAACGUUUCUAACCUAUACUUGCCAUUUGCUUUAAAAUGUGACGCUCUGUUUUAGCAAGUAAUUUUAGGGUCCCUUUUUGCUUUGCUAAUUUAGUUCACUAAAGAACCAAGCACUUGGAGGCUGUGGCUGCCCUUUAGUAAUUUCUGUACAGAAAAGUUGAAGCUUGUAGUUUUACAAUUCAUUGCGUGACCACAGAAAUCCUAGUUCUCGCACACAGCAGCAAUCAAGUUUAAAAUCCAACGGCAAGUAGUUUUGAAUCAUACGUAUCAUUACUGUAAAGCGCUUUCUCAUCGAAUCGUGCCCAAAAGUGUGUUUCAAUUAAGACUGCAAUAAACCUUUGUUCCCACUGGC